AUGAAUUAUACUUUUGAGGUGAAUGAUGGAAAGCAAAAUGAAAUUAUAGAAAUAUCUCACGUAACUCUUCUAUUCCUUGAUACUUUCCACGCUGAGUUGCAACGUGACUGUGGAAAUUUUUCAUUUUUUGAGUAUUUCGAUGAGGAUGGAGAUCGCAUUUCAGUCAAAACAGACGAGGACUUCGCUGCUUUUGUUGAAUCACUUCGUGAUGACGUUAGUAAUCGCAUAUGGCUAGUCAAGAAUGAAGUCAAGGAUGAGUCUAUUCCUAUCAUAUUACCCGGUGAUUUAGAGAAUCUUGGAGUUAUCAACUCCGGACAGUUCGGCACUGUUUACAAGUCUCUUCAUCUACCAACAGAUCGUAUAAUUGCUGUUAAAAGUUUGGAGGUUUCCGACCAAUCUUCGGACAAAAGUACUGUUUUGCGAGAGAUUUCUGUGUUGAAAAAGUGUAUGCCAUGUAAUCACAUAGUUGAACUACUGGGUGCUCUGAUGGAUUUCAAUGUACUAAUGAUAUGCUUGGAAUUCAUGGAUUUGGGAUCUAUUGAGGAUUACUUGCCAUUACCACUUGAUGUUCAUCAACAGAGUUGUAAAUCGGUGUUCAAAGGCUUGGAUCACCUGUGGUCCAACAAUAUUAUGCAUCGAGAUUUGAAACCGGCAAAUAUUCUUGUGAACACGAAUGGAUUUAUUAAAAUCUCCGAUUUUGGUGUGUCAAAACAUGUAGAACAUUCGGUGGCUCGCACAUUCGUCGGAACUAAAGCAUACAUGGCUCCUGAAAGAUUGAAUGGAGGAGUUUACAAAGUAGAGUCUGACAUCUGGAGUUUCGGGUUAACAAUUUGGGAAAUGUUGUUGGGAGAGUUCCCUCUGAAGAAGUUUAUCGAUAUUAAUGUAUUCGAAGACUUCUGUAAAAUUUCGAGCUUACAAGGUACUAUGCUGAAGCCAGAGCUACCUUCAGAACCCGCCUUAUCACUUAUGAUAGAAAAUUGUGUUUGUGUGGAUAUCUGCUCUCGUUGGGGUCAAGAACAAUUGAAGUCAUGUGCGUAUCUGGAAGAAUUGGAGGAAGUCAAUAUAAAUCUUCUGAAAGCCCAUUUCCAUCAAUUCGCCAAAUAA